UCUGUCCUUGGAUAUAUCGUCAUUUACAUCAGCAAUGGGGCCAGUACUUCAUGAGGAUAAUAGAACUACUUGUGAAGAGUUUGGUAAAUAUGCAAGAUUCAAUCCACACUCAAUAUUAAAUGAUUGGUGGAUGUCUUUCUAUUACUGGGGUCCUACGCAACCAACGCUUCAUUUUAAGUUUUGUUUACCGACACCAAAGGAAGUCGCUUAUUUGAAAUACAUCUUCGAGGGCCAUGUAUUACAACCAAUCAAUUGGACAGCUACGUUGUUAUUGAUGCAUGAGCGAAGCAACUAUACGCACCUACUGGUGGAACAAGGGGAUAGGGGAGAGUAUUUGUCUUACACCCCGUAUAAAGAUUUUAAACCGACUGAUGUAGCUGAACCACAUGAGCUCCGAAUUAAGCAAGUUAAUAAUGGACGCUAUAUUGGCUUCAUGGUUUGUGAUAGUAAUGCGGCGUACGCGUUCGCGAGAUAUAAGGACGUACCAAGAAAGAAAGAUAUUCAAGACGUAGCUGCGACAAUAGGCUAUAAGGGCCGUGGGGGCAAAUCCUACCUGUACCAGGGGCAUGAGUGGAUGCCCAUACCAGAAGCUGAUGAUACCAUGUGGGAAACGUUUUUAAAUAAGAAAGAGUGA